GGAAAAAUGUCUAUUACUAAUGACACCCAAUUCCGUCCUUCUUCAUUCCUGUUGCUGGGAAUCCCAGGGCUAGAAGAUGUACACAUCUGGAUUGGAUUUCCUUUUUUGUUUGUGUAUCUCAUUGCCUUCCUGGGUAAUGCUGCUGUCCUGUUUGUGAUCCAGACUGAGCAUAGUCUCCAUGAGCCCAUGUUCUACUUCCUGGCCAUGUUGGAUUCCAUUGACCUGGGCUUGUCCACAGCCACCAUCCCCAAAAUGCUGGGCAUCUUCUGGUUCAGUCUCAGGAAAAUAUCUUUUGAAGACUGUCUUUCCCAGAUGUUCUUCAUCCAUUUUUUCACUGCCAUGGAGAGCAUUGUGUUGGUGGCCAUGGCCUUUGACCGCUAUGUUGCCAUUUGCAGGCCCCUUCGGUACACCAUGAUCCUCACCAGCAAAAUCAUCAUCCUCAUUGCCGCCAUUGCUAUCCUGCGGAGUCUGUGCAUGGUGGCUCCACUGGUGUUUCUUCUCCUGAGGUUGCCCUUCUGUGGGAAUCAUAUCAUCCCUCAUACCUAUUGUGAGCACAUGGGCAUUGCCCAUCUGGCCUGUGCCAGCAUCAAAGUCAACAUAAUAUUUGGCCUUGGAGAUAUGUUUAUUUUGUUCUUGGAUGUGAUUUUUAUUAUUCUUUCUUAUAUCAGGAUACUGUAUGCAGUUUUUUCUCUGCCCUCCUGGGGCCGGCUUAAAGCUCUCAAUACCUGUGGCUCUCACAUUGGGGUUAUAUUAGCCUUUUUCACACCAGCAUUUUUCUCUUUUUUGACACAUCGUUUUGGCCACAACAUCCCUCGAUUUAUACACAUCCUCUUAGCCAACUUAUAUGUGGUUGUUCCACCAGCUCUCAAUCCUGUAAUCUAUGGGGUCAGGACCAAACAGAUUCGAGGGAGAGUAUUAAGAAUUUUUUUUAAAAAAGAGUGGUAA